GCUCCCCACCUUGCCUAGUGCUUCCCGACAUAUCACUCUGCUCAUCGUCCUUCAUCUCAAUGGACGAGUUCUGCACCAUCACCCUCGCUGCGUCCGAGUCCUUCCAGGCGCAUCCCUCGCCCAAUACGCCGUCUUCUUCCCUGCGAUUGUGUGGGGAUCUCUCCUCGCACGAUCGGGCAGCCCUGCUGGCCCACAUCACUACUUCGAACCCCGUCAACGAAGACAGCAACGCCCAGUACCAAGCUUACUGUGUCAUCGGAUGAGGAGGGUCUCAGGACCGCCCUUCCACGUCGCGACCAUGUUCAGAGGAGGUGCACUGGCUCGCGCUCGUCUCCCUCGAGUGGCAAUUCUUAUUUAUGGGCCCCAGUAUCUAUUGGGCUGCACUGUCUGAUCAUCACUUGCAUUUCCUGCGAUGAAAGAGGCGAGGCUUUUUCGUUCUCUGUGCUCGCGUUCCCCUCUUCUUCCCUCGUUCCCCUACUCUCCACCGAUCCCAAUUGUUGCUCUUGACUUCGGUCGUCGUUCGUGCGGUUGCCCGGAUUGUAACCGUUGCUUCGUUGCUAUCGAUGUCCAAUC